GGCCGCUGAGAGGGUUUGUUUAGGUAUAAAGGUUCUGUUAGUGAUCACAGACGUGAGGGAAUUUGCAGUUUUUCGGAUGAAAACGCGGCACCGUGAGAUGAUUUUUCUUUUUCGUCGCUGUGCACACAUGGAAAUGUCUUUAGAUGUGUCUGCAGAUGUGAGGGGUAUGUGAGAGAGGCUGGCAGGGUCCAGCAUGGUGAAUGCUGGUUAAGCAGUCAUCUGAAUCUGGAGCCCUGGUCAUGGAGACCCACUUUGGGAAUGUGGUGUUCAGUUCGCGCUUCGACUCUGGAAACCUGGGCCGCGUGGAGCACGUGGAAGGCCAAGGCGCUGCUAGCUGUGCUCUCCCACAUGCUGAUUACGAGUUCAAUGUCUGGACCAAACCUGACUGUGUAGACACAGAGUUUGAGAAUGGUAACCGGUCAUGGUUCUACUUCAGCGUGCGUGGCGUGCCACCUGGUAAACUGCUGAAGAUGAACAUAAUGAACCUGAACAAGCAGAGUCGGCUGUACUCUCAGGGCAUGGCGCCGUUCGUGCGCACCUCACCAGGGAAGGCUCGCUGGGAGAGGGUUCGGGAGCGGCCUACCUUUGAGAUGUCGGAGAACCAGUUCACCUUGUCGUUUGUGCAUCGUGUGCUGGAUGUGAGGGGAGCAGUCACGUACUUUGCCUUCUGCUACCCGUUCUCGUACACAGAGUGCCGGGACAUGCUCCAGCAGCUGGACCAGAGGCUGCUCAGCACCUCCCACACCCUGGGGCCCUGCAGCCCAGCGGACGGUCUCUACUACCACCGAGAGCUGCUGUGUUACUCUCUGGAUGGACACCGAGUGGACCUGCUGACUGUGACAUCCUGUCAUGGCAUGCUGGAGGAGAGGGAGCCACGGCUGAACAAGCUCUUCCCUGACCACAGCACGCUGCGACCGCACCGCUUCACUGGCAAACGGGUGUUUUUCCUCAGCAGUAGAGUGCACCCAGGUGAGACUCCCUCCAGCUUUGUGUUCAAUGGGUUCCUGAACUUCAUUCUGAAUCAGGAUGACCCCCGUGCUCAGACCCUGCGAAAGAUGUUUGUCUUUAAGCUCAUCCCCAUGCUCAACCCCGACGGGGUCGUCAGGGGUCACUACAGGACGGACUCUCGUGGCGUGAAUCUAAACCGACAGUAUAUGAACCCAAGUGCUGAGCUGCACCCCUCUAUAUACGGAGCCAAGUCCCUCCUGUUGUACCACCACCAACACAACCGGCUCAACAGCAACUCCAUGUCGGCCCUCAAAAGUUCCAACCAGUCAAACACCACCACCACCACCUCGCCCCUAGCCAGUGAACGGGAGCACUACCUCAACUGCCGUAAUGAGGCGGAGCGGUUGGAGGGCCCCACCCUUGACCUGUCGGAGAUACCCAUGCAGCUGGAGGAGAGAGAGAGGUGGGAGAAAGGCGGAGUCGAGGGGGAGACAGGGCCCUGUGACGAGAACGAGUCUACGCCAAGUCGGAGCGAGGUCCCGUGCAUUCCUAACCCCGCCCCCACGGAGCAGAUCCCACCCCAUGAGAGUGGAGUGGCCUAUUACAUAGACCUCCAUGGCCACGCCUCCAAGAGAGGGUGCUUCAUGUAUGGAAACAACCUAGCUGAUGAGGUACAACAGGUGGAAAACCUGAUGUACCCAAAGCUGAUCUCUCUGAACUGCGCCCAUUUCGACUUCCUCGGCUGCAAUUUCUCGGAGAGGAACAUGUAUGCUCGGGACCGGCGCGAUGGCCAGUCUAAAGAGGGCAGCGGCCGUGUGGCCAUUCACAAAGCUAUUGGCCUCGUGCACAGUUACACUUUGGAGUGUAACUAUAACACUGGCCGCUCAGUCAACACUAUCCCACCUGCUUGCCAUGACAACGGCCGAGCGACCCCGCCCCCACCACCCGCCUUCCCUCCCAAGUACACACCUGAGGUAUAUGAACAGGUGGGCCGGGCGGUCGCCAUAGCAGCGCUGGACAUGGCAGAGUGCAACCCCUGGUCGCGGCUGGUCCUGUCUGAGCACAGCAGCUUGGCGAACCUGCGUGCUUCCAUGCUCAAACACGUGCGAAACAGCAAGGGCUUAGGCGCCAGCGCACGCAGAAACCCCCACAAGGCCUCCAGCCCGCCCAAGAUCCCUGGCCUAAGCAGCUCAGUUUCGGAGAACUCUCUGAGCCGCAGUCGUGGCAACGGUGGCCCUGGAAACGGCACUGUUACCGGAAACAGGCAGACAGGUUCGCAGCUCAAGAGUUCACCAAGCUUCACGUUUGGCUGGAGCAGCUCUGGCAAUGCCUCCAGCGCACACAGGCCCUCCCACAAAGCUCCGGGACCAGUCAGAGAGUCUAAAGCUCAGGAGAAGAGGCGACCCCACCACCUCAGUCACCGCCUCUCUCUCCGGUCACCCAGCAACAGCCAGGCUGUCCCGUCAUGUCCCCCCCUCUCCCCUUCGUCCUCCUCGUCUUCCUCGUCUUCCUCACCCCCCUCUUCCUCAUCGUCAGGGUGUGCUGUGGGCGUGGCCACGCCCCCCUGCUCCAUCAGCACGGCAGGCAACAACAGCUUGGACCUGCAGUUGGCAUCACGGAGCAAAGAUUGUGUUUUGCGAAGUGGGAGGAGCAUCAGGACUGGCAAAGCAGGCCCCACCCACCUGCUCCCAUCACAACACAGUGGGAGGCUGCCGUCACAGACUCUGAAGGAGGGCUCCACCCACCGUCUCUCGUCCAUUGAAUGCAGCAGGUGUGAGUUCCAUCCUCGGCCCAGUCGAAUCCCGUUGUGGACAGCAGGGUGUGUUCCCUCCCAGCCUCCUUCCCUGGCCCCUGUCUGCGAGAACCCCCUGAUGACUGUGUGCACACUCAAACCAGGCAUCAGAAGGCACCUGACAGGGAAGGGCAGUCCCACCCUGCGCUUGGCCUCCAGAGCUCUGCUGGGGAACUCUGCUCAAAGCUCUCAGCGCACCAGAGUGGCCACACAUGCACCUUCUGCACAAGCCACAAGCAAACAGACUCUCCCUUCAGAUUGGUGCUGUGCAACUACAAGAGGGCAGUGUGAGUGGCUGGACUCCCCAGUUCUCCUCCGGCAUCAUGGCCAUGAAAGGAAACAAAUGAACCCUCAACUACCUCCACUAAGACACAGAAUUAAACUUAACAUCUUUAAUGAGAUACUCACACUUGCAAUAUGGUGGUUCUGUAAAGUGUUGUGCAAUAUGUUGUAGCACCUUUUGGACCCAUACUAGUAUUUUAAAUUUUUUUUUUUGUAGUUUUAGAAAUGGUUUUUUAAUCAUGUCAUGAUUGUCCAUAGUGCUACUGGAUAAUAUUGUGUACAGUAUCUUGAUGGUGUUAAAUUGCAGCUAGUCAUAUGACAGGAAUUAAGUUACAAAAGUCAUGUCCCUAGUGACAAGAAUGAUUUGAAUAAGUCAAAUUGAGGUUACAAUCUACUGUCCUAUAUUAGUACUUUUUAAAUUGUUUAACAAAUAGAAUGUGUGUACAAUGGUUAUUCCCAGCACCCUAGAUCACAAGAAAUCCAUCUUUGUGUACAAAUGUGCAGUUUUAGAUUAGGGUUAAACUCAUCAGGGUGGUAUCACCAGAACUUGACUUGGACGUCCCUGCUCUAAAUCAAGCCCAUUGACAGUGCAAAUGAGCAAAAUGAAGCACUGGUUACUGUUUCCAUAGUUAAGACAUCAAACGUAUACCAACAGAACACAUCCCUUAAAUGGACCAUUUCAGUUUUAAAUUAUUGCAUGCUAGAUACAUUUGCUGUUACGAUGCAGUGUCUACACUGAGUGGUUUUGGUGUGUUCACAAUGGAAACUGGCAAAUUGCUUCAUAGAAAGGUCAGAUACCUAGAGGAGCAGCACCCAAAACCCUGUUCCAUAAUCAGUCUGUGAUACUGGCAUGGGACAUGUUAAUCUUAGAUUGAGAUGUGCAUUUUAUAUUACAAACCCUCUAGAUAUCUUAAGAUUCAAUUUUAAAGCACUCAAGGAGAAUACAAAAUAAGAGACUGGCUACUAAUGCAUCUGCUUCUAUAAUGUAAUUUCUGUUCUUAUGUGAUUUUUAUGGUAACAGAGCAAACUCAGAUACACAGAUCCAUAAAAUACUGG